AUGUUGCUACAUCCAUUUCAUCCGUCUAUUGCCUAUCUAAAUGAUUCUAGUAAUUUUGAAUCCAGUUUUGAGGUGAAAUAUAUACCAACCAACACACGAGCGAAAGAUAUAGAAAAUCCACAACAAAACGGAGAUUUUCGUGAAAUAGAUCGUGAAGCAUUAUUGAGAUUUGUACAAGAAUUUGAGGCAUUACAAUUCUACGACAGAAGUAACAAAUCAACACCGAAAAAAUCAAUAAAUUCCGAAGAAAAUCUCCACUACAAUUUACCCAUAAAUGAUCAAAUAAUAUCCGGAAAUUGUUCAGCAUCUCGAAGUUUAAGACAUUCCAUCGAAUUAUCGUCAUCAUUAGAAAUACCGAUUUUAAGAAAUCACAAGAAAAAUCUAUGGCCAUCUGAAGAACUGGAGGAGGAGCAUUUUGAUUUACCCUAUUAUCCCCACAAUUUUAGUGAAACAUCGCAUCAUUCAAAUUCAGAAUUAUUUCAAAAUAUGGGUUGCAAAUCUUUGAAAUCUUGUGAAUCUCUUGACGAUGAUGCAGCGCCUGAAGAGUCAAUUGAAUUAAUGGCUCACAAUUUAAAUAGUUCCAGUGAUUCAACAUCAUCGAUAGAAUUACAACCACCUCUCCUACCAUCGUUUAAAAUAACUCCACCAAGAAUGAGCCACAGUUCUGCCUCUGAUUUGGGUCGAUUUUUACGUUGUUCAUUUAAUGUAAAACGUGCCAAAAUCACCCCGUUGCAACGUUCGAUAAGCGUCAGCACCGAAACGCAAUUGAGUGACAUCUCCAGCAAGGCGAAACGGAAUAUUUUGGAGGAUCGUACAAAUAAAAAUAAUGGUGGCAGAAGUUCAUUGUCGAGUCGUCUUUUUCCCAGCAGCGGCAGAACAUCACCUUUUCGCCGGGUUUGGGAACAUUCAUCAUUGCGUUCGCCACGUUCCGAUCGAUACAACCUGAGUCCACGUAAAAGUUGUAAUCCGGAGCAACGUUGUUCCUCCCCCAUGAUUGCGACAGAUGACGAUGUCUUUCUGGCGGGUACUGUUCCUGUCAAACCACAACUGCAACUACUACCCACGGCACGUAGAGCCUCCGAUAAGGUGACCUCCAGCAAUAAUGUACAGCAACAAAUCAAAACCUCGCGAGUCGGAUCAUGGGCCAUAUCAUUUGAAAAUCUAUUAGAUGAUCCCGCCGGUUUGGCCACAUUUGCCGAAUUUCUAAAGAUGGAAUUCUCUGUCGAGAAUAUUUACUUUUGGACUGCCUGUGAACGUUAUCGGAAUACCGAGAGCCAAGCGGAGCGACAGGCUCAGGCAAAACAAAUUUUUGCCAAACAUUUGGCCAGCACUUGUUGUGAACCCGUUAACCUAGAUUCACAGACACGCAACAUAAGUCCCGAAGCUCUGGAACAAGCUGAAAAGGAACUGUUUUCCAAGGCCCAAAAACAGAUUUUCCAUUUGAUGAAAUUCGAUAGCUACCAAAGAUUUAUUCGCUCCGAUUUAUAUAAGAAUUGUCAAAAUGCUGAGGAAAAAAAUCAACCUCUACCCUAUGGGGCUGAUAACCUAGACGCCCUGCUGAGGACAAAUUUUUUACAAAGUGCCUCGCCAAAGUUAAAAAAAUCGGCCAGCAACGCGGAAGAUCGUCGUCGUAAAAUAUUAUUGCCUUGGCAUCGCAAGACACGUAGCAAAUCACGUGAUCGUAUGGACGCCGAAUCGGCAUCAUCGGCAGAUGAUAACGCCGAAGCAGCUCUAACCAAUAGCAAUGCUUUAAAUACUCUAAUUAUGAGGACGGCGGCGGCGGGUAAAAUGACACCAUCGAAAUCGGCUGAAACCCUGAGAACCCUCAACUCACCCACAUGCCAUCUGUGUCGGGUGAAAUUCUCCGAUGAGGCCACAACAAUUGUGCAAAUCAAACCGCAUGAGACGGUGGGUCAACUGGUCGAACGGGUGCUGGAAAAACGUGGUCUACACUAUCGCCUCUACGAAGUCAUACUCAAGUCGGAAAACAAAACAAUCGAUUUACAGGCCAGCUCUCAAAUAAUCGCCGGUGAAGAUGUUGAAAUUGAACCAAGUAUUACCUUUAAGCUGUAUUUACCGGAUCCCAAGGUGAUCUCGGUAAAGAGUAAACCAAAGAAACAACUACACGAGAUUGUCAGUUCGAUAUUGCAAAAAUAUAAUUACGAUAUGAACGCGGUGGAUGUAUUGCGACGUGAUACCAUGGAGAGUAUGAAUCUCUACCAGCCGGUAACCAAUGUGGAUGGUCAACGUUUACAUGUGGUCUUAAAGGAAACCAACACGGCGACGACCACCACCUCAAUAUCCAAUAAUGGUGCUGCUGAUUAUCAAAAUGAUAAUAUUUCAUUGAACUAUUUGAAAUCAAAAGAACUGGCUAACGAAUUUAAAGCUCGAAAUGCUAAAAAUAGUACCAUUAGUAGUUCCGAGAAUAAUCUAAACGCGUUAAGUUCUAAAGAGAGAAGGGGAUCGAAUCAAUUAAUGGAUUUGGGCGAAUUUAAGUCCAACGAAAGUGGUUCGGAAACCUCUCUAAAUGGUCGAAAGACUGGUUCCUUUAAUUUUCGUACUAGAGGGAAGAUACCAAUUCUUAUACGGCAACAUUCCAGUGAACCACAAAGUACUGCAAGUGAACUGAAUAAACCGAUUAUUGCCAAACUGAAAGCGGGUGCAAAAUUACAAGUGACAGAGAGAGUGGCCGAGAAGCAAGACGAACUACUGCUUAGCCUUAAAUCCCGUUUGGAUAAUCAACCCAUAAUGAGCACCAGUAGCAGUAUUCCAAGCAUAUUGCCCUCAGACUAUACACGCAACAAUAAAGAAAAUCAACAAAAUGAUACAGCUUUAACAUUACGCCAAAUACGUUCCAAUUUAAGUCCCGUCAAUAAAACCCCGAAUCCACAAUCCAAUCAAAUGAUUUGUCCACCUCCGCUGCCCAUGGAAAAACCCAUCCAUCUUAUACGGAAACAAUCGAUAACAUUGAAACGCAACUCACUGUUGAGUAAUGGUGGCGAUGACGCUGAGUGCGAAGUAUCCUCAAAUAAUUCCGAUACUAAUGAAACGAGUAGUGCAGCUUGUAAAGGACCACCACCUUUACCACCAAAACCAAAGGUUCUACCAACCAAACCCUCAAAUUGGGGUGCUAAUAACUCAGAUUAA